GCGGGUCAUGUGAUGACCUCCAAGAUGGCGGCGCAGUGCUGAGUCCCCGGUGCGGGCGGAGUGACAACGGGCCCGGGACAUGCAAGAAGCGGGUGACGGAGAUAAGACCAAGAGCAUGUUCCUGUCCCGGGCACUGGAGAAGAUCCUGGCCGACAGGGACGUGCGCAAAAGCCAGCACACUCCGCUGCGUACGGCAUGCCAAGUGGCCCUAGAUGAACUUAAAGCUGAAUUGGAACAGCAGAAGAAUGAAUCUGCUCCGUCCUCCAAACCUAAAUUUAUUGAAGCCGACAAGUAUUUCCUUCCAUUUGAGUUGGCAUGUCAGUUGAAGUCUCCUCGAGUUGUCAGCACCUCCCUGGACUGCUUGCAGAAACUAAUUGCAUACGGUCAUAUAACUGGCAAUGCUCCGGAUAAAGGCAUUGCUGGGAAACGCCUCAUAGAUCGCAUAGUGGACACCAUCUGCAAUUGUUUCCAAGGUCCCCAGACAGAUGAGGGGGUGCAGCUCCAGAUCAUUAAGGCUCUCCUGACUGUGGUCACCUCUCCAUAUGUUGAGAUCCAUGAAGCAACUGUCCUGCAGACUGUACGAACAUGUUACAACAUAUACCUGGCCAGCAAAAACCUGGUGAACCAGACCACUGCCAAGGCCACAUUGACUCAGAUGCUGAAUGUCAUCUUCAUCCGGAUGGAAACGCAGGCGGCCCAAGAACAUGGAGAUUAUAUAUUACAGAAGCUACAUUCACCUGCAAUUCACAAACUAAUGGGCUCUCCAUCUACUGCAUCGAGGAGAGGCAGCUAUCCUCACAGUGCUCCACCCACACCUACGAGUAUCAGCAUCACCAAUGGCAGCCAGCACAGAGAGAAUGGAGUGCUGAAAGAGGCGCCAGUACAGGUGGUCGGGACACAGGAGGCACCAGCACAGGUGGUCGAGGUGCAGGAGACGCCAGCACAAGUGAUCGAGGUGCAGGAGACACCAGCACAGGUGGUCGAGGUGCAGGAGGCACCAGCACAGGUGAUUGAGGUGCAGGAGACACCAGCACAGGUGAUCGAGGUGCAGGAGACACCAGCACAGUUGGAGGUGGUGCAGGAUGCACCAUCACAGGUGGACAGGACACAGGAUGCACCAUCACAGGUGGACAGAACCCAGGAGGCCAAUAUUAAAGAGCCUGAAGAGAAGAUUCCAGAAGGUGAAUCUGAAGUUGCUGAUCUCCCACCACCUGAGAUUAUCCACACAAAUGGAAUAGCAGAUGACGGGCAGUCUGUAUCUUCCACAGAUAAUCUGGAGUCUGAUUCUCUCCCCGGGCAACACUCUGGUUCUAGAUUCAGCCACAUACUACAGAAAGAUGCUUUCCUUGUGUUUCGCUCACUCUGUAAAUUGUCCAUGAAGCCCUUGGGGGAUGGACCUCCAGACCCUAAGUCCCAUGAACUCCGCUCUAAGGUCCUCUCCCUCCAGCUCCUGCUGUCAGUAUUGCAGAACGCCGGCCCCAUCUUUAGGACCCAUGAAAUGUUCAUCAAUGCAAUCAAGCAAUACCUCUGUGUAGCCUUAUCAAAAAAUGGGGUGUCCUCUGUACCUGAUGUCUUUGAGCUCUCCUUGGCCAUAUUCCUCAGCCUGCUGUCUAAUUUCAAGAUGCAUCUAAAAAUGCAGGUGGAGGUGUUUUUCAAAGAAAUAUUUUUGAACAUAUUAGAGACUUCAUCGAGUUCAUUUGAGCACAAGUGGAUGGUGAUACAGACCCUGACAAGGAUUUGUGCAGAUGCUCAAUGUGUGGUCGACAUUUACGUGAACUAUGACUGUGACUUAAAUGCUGCUAAUAUAUUUGAAAGACUUGUAAAUGACUUGUCUAAAAUCGCUCAGGGAAGGAGUGGCCAUGAGCUCGGAAUGACCCCUUUACAGGAGCUCAGCCUCAGGAAGAAAGGUCUAGACUGUCUGGUGUCCAUCCUGAAAUGUAUGGUGGAGUGGAGCAAGGACCUCUAUGUUAACCCCAACCACCAGUCCAGUCUAGGUCCAGAGAAAACCUCAGAUUUUGAGGGGGGAGAAAAUAAAACCCCAGAAAUCUUGCCGCACAGGAGCAGCCCAAGCUCCCUGGACUCCACAACCUCCUCCGGCAUCAGUAGCACCCAGUCCUCCAUGCCUGAUGACCCUGAACAGUUUGAAGUGAUGAAACAGCAGAAGGAGAUUAUAGAGCAUGGGAUUGAGCUAUUCAACAAGAAACCAAAGAGAGGAAUCCAGUAUCUGCAGGAGCAGGGCAUGCUGGGAGCUACCCCGCAAGACCUUGCACAGUUCCUGCACCAGGAAGAUCGGCUGGAUUUUACGAUGAUCGGGGAGUUUCUGGGUGAAACCAAUCGAUUUAACAGAGAAGUGAUGUAUGCUUAUGUGGACCAGCUGGACUUCUGCGACAAGGAUUUUGUAUCUGCACUGCGCCUCUUCCUUGAAGGCUUCCGUCUGCCAGGAGAAGCCCAGAAAAUUGACCGACUUAUGGAGAAAUUUGCAGCCAGAUAUCUAGAGUGUAAUCAGGGACAGACAAUGUUCGCCAGUGCUGACACGGCCUAUGUCCUGGCUUUUUCCAUUAUCAUGCUGACAACAGAUCUGCACAGUCCACAGGUGAAGAAUAAGAUGACAAAGGAACAAUAUAUUAAAAUGAACCGAGGUAUAAACGACAGCAAGGACCUUCCAGAGGAAUACCUCUCUGCCAUUUUUGAUGAAAUUGAAGAUAAGAAGAUUGCGAUGAAAGAGACAAAGGAGCAUACCAUUGCAACGAAAUCUACAAAACCAAGUGCAGCUAGCGAGAAGGAGCGUCGGUUGUUAUAUAACAUGGAAAUGGAGCAGAUGGCGAAAACAGCCAAGGCUCUUAUGGAAGCUGUGAGCCAUGCCAAGGCGCCAUUCACCAGUGCCACGCACCUGGAGCAUGUCAGGCCUAUGUUUAAGCUUGUGUGGACGCCACUCCUGGCUGCUUACAGCAUCGGUCUCCAGGACUGUGAUGAUAAUGAAGUGACCAAUCUGUGUUUGGAGGGGAUCCGCUGUGCAAUCAGGAUCUCCUGUAUCUUUGGCAUGCAGCUGGAAAGAGAUGCUUAUGUUCAGGCCCUGGCUCGCUUUUCUCUGCUGACUGCCAGCUCAAGCAUCACAGAAAUGAAGCAGAAGAACAUCGACACAAUCAAGACUCUCAUCACCGUGGCUCAUACUGAUGGCAACUACUUGGGUAACUCAUGGCAUGAAGUUCUGAAGUGCAUUAGUCAGUUGGAACUAGCUCAGUUGAUUGGUACAGGAGUUAAAACGCGCUACAUCUCAGGAAGUGGCCGGGAACGGGAAGGCAUUAUUAAGAGCUACACCACCGGAGGGGAGGAGUUCAUGGGCCUGGGACUUGGCACGUUAGUCGGCAGUGGAGUUGACAAGAAACAAAUGGCCAGCUUCCAGGAAUCUGUUGGAGAGACCAGCUCACAAAGUGUAGUUGUCGCUGUAGACCGGAUUUUCACCGGCUCCACGCGGCUGGAUGGAUAUGCUAUAGUUGAUUUUGUGCGCUGGUUGUGUGCUGUGUCUAUGGAUGAAUUGGCCUCUGUCCACCAGCCUCGCAUGUUCAGCUUGCAGAAGAUUGUGGAGAUCUCAUACUACAACAUGAACCGCAUUCGACUGCAGUGGUCAAGGAUAUGGCAAGUGAUCGGUGACCAUUUUAAUAAGGUUGGCUGCAACCCUAAUGAAGAUGUCGCCAUAUUUGCCCUGGAUUCCCUUAGACAGUUAUCCAUGAAGUUUCUGGAAAAAGACGAGUUGGCCAAUUUUCGCUUCCAGAAGGAUUUCUUGCGUCCUUUUGAGCACAUUAUGAAAAAAAACAGGUCUCCCACCAUUCGGGACAUGGUGAUCCGCUGCCUGGCACAGAUGGUGAACAUGCAAGCCGGGAACAUCCGCUCUGGCUGGAAAAACAUAUUUGCAGUAUUUUAUCAAGCAGCUUGUGAGACAAAUGGAAAUCUAGUGGAACUGACAUUUCAGACUGUGAACCAUAUUGUCACCAAUGUAUUCCAGCACCACUUUCCAGCAGCCAUUGACUCCUUCCAAGAUGCUGUGAAAUGUCUGUCAGAAUUUGCUUGUAACUCAGCUUUUCCAGACACCAGCAUGGAGGCCAUUAGACUCAUCCGUUAUUGUGCAAAGUUUGUCUCGGACAAGCCUCAGGCAUUGAGGGAGUACACAAGCGAUGACAUGAAUGUGGCCCCUGGGGACAGGGUCUGGGUUCGUGGCUGGUUUCCCAUCCUUUUUGAACUUUCCUGUAUUAUCAACAGGUGUAAACUGGAUGUAAGAACAAGGGGCCUAACCGUCAUGUUUGAGAUUAUGAAAAGUUAUGGGCACACUUUUGAAAACCACUGGUGGCAUGACCUGUUCCGCAUUGUAUUCCGAAUAUUUGACAACAUGAAACUCCCAGAACAGCAAACAGAGAAAUCAGAGUGGAUGACUACAACCUGUAACCAUGCCCUCUACGCCAUUUGUGAUGUCUUCACCCAGUUCUACGAGGCUCUGAACAGCGUUUUGCUUUCGGAUAUAUUUACCCAGUUACACUGGUGUGUGAAACAAGAUAAUGAGCAACUGGCGAGAUCUGGCACCAACUGUCUGGAGAACCUAGUCAUACUGAACGGACAGAAGUUUAGCCCGGAGGUUUGGGAUCAGACGUGUAACUGUAUGUUGGAUAUCUUCAGGACCACCAUCCCUAGUGUAUUAUUAGCUUGGCGACCGUCUCAUAUGGAAGACGAUACGUUGGAGAAGCGCUAUGAUCUGGAUAUAGAUCGUCAGUCAAUGAGCAGUCAGGACAGGAAUCCCUCAGAGCGGGCUCACAGCCAACUGUCUGAGGAGAACUGGAGGGGGAAGCCCAAUGAGAGGCUUGCUGACCAGAAGUUGUUUGCUGGGCUUCUCAUAAAGUGCGUUGUGCAGCUUGAACUUAUCCAGACCAUCGAUAAUAUUGUCUUUUUUCCAACUACUAGCAAGAAAGAGGAUGCUGAGCAUCUGGCUGCAGCCCAGAGGGACACACUGGACAAUGACUUCCACACUGAAUAUGAGGACCAGGGAAUGUAUAAGUUCAUGUCCACGCCACAUCUCUUCAAACUGCUAGACUGUCUUCAAGAAUCCCACUCGUUUGCUAAAGCCUUUAAUUCUAAUAACGAGCAGAGGACGGCACUGUGGAGAGCUGGAUUUAAAGGAAAAUCCAAGCCCAAUCUACUGAAGCAAGAGACCAGUAGCCUUGCCUGCUGCCUACGGAUCCUAUUCCGCAUGUAUACAGAUGAUCUGCGCAGAGACUCAUGGGAGGACAUAGAGCAGCGGCUGCUAAAUGUGUGCAGCGAGGCCCUGGCUUAUUUUAUUACUGUAAAUUCUGAGAGCCAUCGAGAGGCUUGGACCAAUCUACUGCUGUUACUCCUGACCAAAACCCUCAAAAUUAGUGAUGAGAAGUUCAGGGCUCAUGCCUCAAAGUAUUACCCGCACUUGUGUGAGAUCAUGCAGUUUGACUUGAUCCCGGAGCUCCGUGCCGUCCUCAGGAAGUUCUUUCUGCGUAUCGGGAUUGUCUUCAAGAUCUGGAUAGCAGAAGAGCAGCUGGGUGGUCAACGUCCAACCUCCUAAUCACUGGUGACUGUCCUAGAGUGCUCUGUUGCUGGAUGCGCAGAGGAGGGAGGUGGCGCUUACUGUCCCAGCUCUGUGCUUUAAUGGUUUCUUCUUUAGACUCUGAGUUCAGAAGGAUGGAACGAAUGUGUUGUAGAGUUUUAUUUUUGCUACUUCAGGUGUGAGGCCCCUGAAUAUAUUUUAAGGUUCUUUUUAUGGGUUGUUUCUCCUCUCCUGUUGGGUUAGUUUUCUUGUGACUCCGGAGGCUGCGCUGAGCUCUACUUGUACAUGGCCCCCAAGAACCUCCUGCAUUGCACUUAUUUAUAUAUAGAGAGAUUCUACUGAUGAUGGAUACGGUAUCAUUUGUUGGUCAUCCCUCAUUCAUUCUGUAUUCUCUGUGACACUGCUGCUUACUAAGACCGAUACCAGAGAGCAAUAACUGUGCCUACUUGUGUACAACAGCCUUGGAAUACUUCGACAAUUCAUGUUAAGUGUUCAUGGUGCAGCCAUUUGUCCACAUGUCUAUAGUUAUUAUACUGUAUAAAGCCGGGCCUCCUUAUAUGUUAUGGAUGCCCUCUGUUCCUCAUUCUGUCACAUUAACAUUGUAGGUUACUGCCAGGAGACAUGACAUACCUUCUAGGGUCUUCUUCCCACGCUUUAUUUUUCACGUUUUUAAACGCUUUUAAAAACUACCAUAAAUUUCAUGUAUUUUUGGUGGCGUUUAUUAUGUUACAUUUGUGACUUGCUUUUUUUGGAAUUUUUAAAGUCC